AUGUCGCCACCGACCGGUGCAUUGGGAGACGCGCUGAGCACCGAUGAUGUCUUGAAGGGAGUCACCAACACUCCAGUAGUGGAUUGCUACCUGGCAAGGGACGAAGGGGCCUUUGUUGAGAAUUUAAAAGAAGGCAAGGCAUCCACCAGCGACGAGGGGUUCGGCCAGGAGAUUCUUGAUUGCACCAAACCUGUGAAACCCAACAAAGACACAAACGACAGUGCAACAUCUUUGAAUGACAAAGAUGGGGUUGAGCCGCUGUUGAUGGAGAACAAAGACAGGUUCUGCAUGUUCCCCAUAAGGCACCCUGACAUUUGGGAGAUGUACAAGAAACAGGUUGCCAGUUUUUGGACGACGGAGGAAGUGGACCUUUCCCAGGACAUCCACGACUGGGUUUCACUUACAGACGACGAACGCAGGUUCAUCACCACAGUCCUUGCCUUCUUUGCGGCAUCAGAUGGCAUUGUGUUGGAGAAUCUGGCUGUGCAUUUUCUGCAGGAUGUUCAGAUCCCCGAGGCGCGAGCAUUUUAUGGCUUCCAGAUCGCAAUGGAGAACAUUCACAGCGAGAUGUACAGUUUGCUGUUGGAUGCAUACGUCAAAGAACCGGAACAGCGUGACCAUCUCUUCCGUGCAAUUCACACGAUGCCGUGUGUGAAGAAGAAGGCCGACUGGGCCAUAAAUUGGAUUCAGUCAUCCAAUUCAUUUGCAAAGAGGCUUGUGGCUUUCGCCUGUGUGGAAGGCGUCCAUUUCUCAGGGAGCUUUUGUGCCAUCUUCUGGCUCAAGAAGCGUGGCCUCAUGCCAGGCUUGACUUUUUCAAACGAGCUGAUCUCCAGAGACGAAGGGCUGCACACAGACUUCGCCUGCGUGCUGUAUGGUCUACUGAGCGAGAAGCUGUGCGAGCACACCGUGCAGUGCAUCGUCAAGGAGGCAGUUGAUUUGGAGAAGGAGUUUUGCUGUGAGGCACUGAGUGUUGCGCUGGUUGGGAUGAAUGCUUCGCUGAUGUCUCUGUACAUUGAGUUCGUUGCCGAUAGGCUGCUGGUAGCCUUGGGCUGUGAAAAGCUGUAUGGCUCCUCCAAUCCGUUUGAUUGGAUGGAAAUGAUAUCGCUGCAAGGCAAGACGAAUUUCUUUGAGCGCCGAGUCAGCGAAUAUCAGCAAGCGGGCAUCAUGUCCUCUCUGCGUGGAUCGCGUACCAACCGUCAGUAUGUGUUUACUACAGACGAAGAUUUCUGA